AUGGCCAAGCAUGCACAAGAUGACUUUGACAUUGAUGUUAAUAAGGUAAUGAUAGAAGAAGUAAUAUCUAGUAGUGAUGAUUCUCAAAUGAAUUUUGGAUCUAAAUAUGGAACUUCAUCCACUAUGCCUUCUGGUGGUGAUGAUGAUAAUGACGACGAUGAUGCUGGUGGUGACGGAUCUAACCCCAACGGUAGUAGUGGGCAAGGUGGUGAUGGUGGGGACUAUGGAGGAAAUGAAGGAUGGCACGAUUAUAGACCAGAAGUGGAAUAUGCAUGUCCUUCCCAACUAGAAGAUGAGGGUCCACAAAGAGAAACACGUCCAGUUGAUAGGCAGUACAGUCGUAGAAAAGGAAAAGGGAAGAUGCAUCAAAUAGAAGAGGAUACCUUUUCCCUUAGAACGGAAUCUAUGAGUAUAGGAACAGAGCACAACUCUAAUAGUUACGGUGGUUAUGAAUCUACACAAAACAGCUCCUCACAAUCUAUAUAUGACCAACCAUUUUCUUAUGCAAAUGAGCAGACACAACAAUAUGGAAAUUGGCAACCACAUGUUUAUGGGUAUGGACAAACAUGUCAAGAAUAUGGGUAUGAGUAUGACCAGUAUGCAAAUGCAAAACAAUCAUAUGGACAUACACAACAAGUAGAACCUGCAAGAAGAAAUCCUAGCACACGAAGAUCUUUUGGACGAGUAGAAACUGCCAUGAACUAA